AUGUCCGCUUGGCUGCUCCUGGUAUUGUGGCCAUGUGCAAGGGGCAUCUUCACCAGGCCCUGUGAGAAUGUCGAUGUCCAUGAGAACUUCUCAUUGGAGGAGCCUGAGAUCGUGCUCCGAAGCGAGCUCCCGGGCGAAGUCUACUUCCGAGAGGAUUCCAGCCUUCAGGGGCUGACCAUUGAAUUUCUCGGGCGUGGCUUCGAAGUCACCAGCGUGACGAAUGGCACGUUCAUUAUUGGCUUUAAUAUCGAUAUUAUUGCAUGGGUCCAUGCAAUGGCAAAGGAGACCUCAGGCGCGCAUGAGUGGCAUGGGCUCUGGAGCGCUGCUUGUUUGGGUCUGGCCGCUGCAACACGUGAGUCGAUGGGACUGCCAUUGGCGCUGUUCUGCUUGCCUGGUGCGGUCGCCCUCGACUGCCAGGCACCUGCCUGGGUCAUGAUCAGGAUCACCUACCCACCGGGCUUCCCCACGGAUGGCAUCACCUUGACCGGUGAUCAUCUCGUGAUUGGUGCUGAGGAUCCAGCCCCCAAGCGCACCGAACCGGGCAUCUAUGGCUGCGAUGCGUGUCCGGUGGUGACGACGGUGAUCCAUGAGCCUUUGGAUCGCUUGGCCUGCCAUCAGGGUUGUGAGCCCAGAACAGACCUUGAGGUUGAGACUGACGCGGCGACCAUGCGCUUUCAGGGCAUGGUGUCGGGCGCCGGGGACGGAUACUGGUAUGUGGCUAGGACGGAUGGGAGUCGGCAGGGAACCGCCGGUGAUGGUGCGGCCAGCGGCCGCAUUACUACCAACAGCACAGGGAACUUCUCAUUCUUGGUGCCGCUCUUCUGCGGUGAUCAGGUGAUCAAGGUGACUUGGUGGAACUCCUCAGGCCCCUUGGUGCUCGUGUACCGGGUUCGGACCACGGGUUGUGCCUUGGAUUUUCUCUUCCACCUGGACUGGGAUGCUGAGACGCGCGGGCAUCGCGACCUGUUGGAUGCGGGAUGGAGACACUUUCUGGCACAACAUGGCGCCAGCCUGGGGUGGGAAACUCAGGUGGGAUUGCAUUGA